UUGGCUCCUCAGCAUGUUCGGGAAUAACGCAAUCACGUCUACCUGGGGUCAGCCCAACAACAACAAUCAGCAGCAGCAGGGGACGUCUGCGUUUGGCCAGCCAGCCAACAGUGCGUUUGGAGGUGGCGGAGCGUUCGGGAGCGGAGGAGCCUUUGGUCAACCCCAACAGCAGCAACAAACACCAGCAGCCAAUCCCAUGUUCGGUAGUUUCGGCACCCCUGCGGCAAACACUAGCCAACCCGGGACGUCCGGUUUUGGUGCCUUCGGUCAGAACAAUGCAUCGACUACCGGUGCAUUCGGCGCGAAGCCAGCCACUGGAUUUGGCGCUUUUGGGGGCACCGGGACCUCGACGUUUGGGUCCGGUGGCGCGUUUGGGAACACAACGGCGCCUCAGCCGGCUGCAACGGGUGUGUUUGGUCAACCCAGCACAAGUACAGGCGCAUUUGGAGGGGGUGGGAGCUUGUUCGGUACCAACAAGCCUGCGACUACGUUUGGUACAACUGCCGCAGAUACGGUAGCCCCAGUAACGACGGGGUCAUCCAAUCCGCCAUACUCCGUGUACUCGGAGAAAGAUACAGCAAACGCUAGCAUAACGCUGCAGUACCAGAGCAUAUCAUGUAUGCCUGCAUAUAGGGGCAGUUCUUUCGAGGAACUCCGUGUACAAGAUUAUCAGCAGGGUCGCAAGACUGCCAAUGCAACGGUUGGGACCGGCUUCGGGCAACCGGCCACCGGCGCAUUCGGGCAACAGUCUACAUCAGGCGGGAUCUUCGGUCAACCUGCCCAGAGCACAACAGCCAACAAUGCGUUUGGAGCAUUUGGGUCCAACACAACCGCUACCCCGGCUACAGGCGGAUUUGGUGCCUUUGGCCAGCAGAACAAUGCGAGCCAACCCGCCAACACCGGUGGAGGUCUUUUCGGCGCGUUUGGUCAGCAGCAGCAACCACAAAAUCCUCAGCCUUCGGCGUUUGGAGCCUUUGGGCAGGCCAAUCAACAGCCAGCCGCGACUGGAACGAGUGGUGGGCUUUUCGGUGGAGGUAGCGCGUUUGGGCAACAGAACAAACCUGCGUUUGGUGCAUUCGGGGCAAAUAACACCACAACCAGUGCUUUUGGCCAACCGACUCAAUCGCAGCAGCCCACUACCACAGGCCUCUUCGGCCAACAGCAACCGCAACAAAACACUACUGGUAGUGCUUUCAGCGCCUUCGGCAGUAAUAAUAAUCAACCGAAGCCCUCAUUGUUCGGUCAACCGGCUCAGCAACCAGCGCAACAGUCGACUGGCUUUGGUCUCUUCGGCCAGCAGAAUCAGCAGAACCAGCAACAAUCGGGCCAGCCAGCGACAGGCGGUCUAUUUGGUGGUGGAACCACCGGCGGGGGCUUGUUCGGUCAGAACAGUCAGCAGCAGCAGCAGCCGUCUCAGCCGCAAACAGGAGGUUUAUUCGGUAAUACUCAGCCCGCUCAGCAGCCUGCCACUGGCGGUCUAUUCGGCGGGGGGACUACAGGAGGGCUGUUCGGGAACACGCAACAACAAAACCAGCAGCAACCAACACAGACGAGCGCAUUCGGUGGAGGCGGACUUUUCGGUACAAAACCCGCCACUACGACGCCUACCACCGGCGGACUAUUUGGUGGACUUGGACAGAACAACACUGCGACGAACACUCAAACAUCGACGGGUCUUUUCGGUAGCACCUUUGGUCAGAACAACGCGCAGCAGAACAAUACGGGCAGUACAUUGAGUGGCGGCUUGUUCGGUACAAAACCCGCAGCCCCGGCUUUCGGAACGGCGUCGUCGACGGGGCAGGCUACCGGAGGAUCUCUCUUUGGUAGCACGCUUGGUGGCACUGGCAAUACAUUCAAUGCUUCCGCUACUGCUCCCGGUGCACAAGGAUCGCUCACUGCGUCAAUCGCACAACCCAUUGGAGCCAGCCUACCUGUCUUCAGCAUGCUACCUCCGGGUCCACGGGCAGUUCCUCUUGAUCAACCGAAGAAAAAAGCCGGCUUCUUCACGGAUGUUCCUACUCGUUCACCAGUUCCCAGAUUGCAGCUUGGAUUUACCCCUGCAAGCACGAAGCUACGCGGUUUUGCGUCGACGGCCGGUGGAGGCAAUCUCGGCUCCAGUUUAGCAUAUUCAACGACGAAGUCGGACGCUCUCAACCUCACUCGAUCGGCCUCCCCUAAUAAGGGCAUACCUGGACCUGAUGUUUUCCUUAACGGAGGCGGCACAAGUGGCAGCAACGGCCGUCAAAGCGUGAAGAAACUGGUUCUGAACAAGAAAAUCGAACCUGCUCAUCUACUUGGCAGAGCGGGGUCGCCGGGCCUUGCUACGGCCGGUGGCAAAACGUCCUUCAGUCCAGUGCUUGGGAUCGCUGCACGACAGAAAGAGGCCGAGGCUGCUUCAACGACGCCAAAGCCAGAAACUCCUGAACCCACCCCAAGUUCCACCCGCCCCAAACCAUCCGAUGGCGAUGCAUCGUCCGCGGACCCGAAGACUGCAGACUUGCAAGAGGGCGAGUAUUGGUGCAAGCCUGACUUAGCCACCUUGCGCACGAUUAGCUACCACGAACUGCGUGCCUUCAAGGGGCUGGUGGUCGGUCGAGUUGGCUAUGGCCAGAUCGAGUUCCUCGCCCCGGUCGACCUGACCGGAGUGCCGCGGCUUGACGCCUUAUUCGGCGAUCUGAUCCUCUUCGAGGAUGCAGAGUGUGCCGUUUAUCCUAAUAGCGACGAGGCGGACAAGCCGCCGCCAGGCGAAGGUCUGAAUGUGCCGGCAAGGAUCACGCUCUGGAAGUGUUGGCCAUUGGACAAAUCCACGCAGGAGCCUAUCAAGGACAAGAAUCAUCCAGCUGCUAUCAAAUUUCAAAAGCGCCUUGCCAAGCGAAAACACAUCAAACACGAGCAUUGGGAUCUGGAGGAAGGGAAAUGGGUGUUCCGGGUCGAGAGUUUUUAGUACCUGUUCUACUUACCUUCGUUACCAGCCUUGUUCAUGUAUGUAGCCCACGUCGCACGACCACCUCAUGUUAGCCAGUAGUCAAUGUCCUUCGUUGAAUAUAAUGCAAUCCUAAGGAUACGUUACAACCAC